AUGUUGUCGUCCGGUAAACGAACCGAGACGUUUCGUAGAAUCAAAGAUGCGAGAUGGUCGACGAAAGAUAAAUUGGAACAAUAUCGAGGAAUCCUCAAAUUACACGCACGCGAGAAGAAGAUAAGGUCGCAAGAUGCCGCGAAAUCGAAGAGGCGAAUAACGUGGAAAUUGGGUUCCUACGAGCGAGACGUCAAACGUUAUCUGCAAAUCGUAAACGAGACAGCGAGAGGAAUUCCGAAUGCUCGUAUACGUGCUUUGUUGCAAAAUCACGCAGAUUUACGAUUGAAGUGUCGCGGACGUGAAACAGAGCAUGUCUACGCUUUCGUUUACGAUGAGAAUCAUCGGAAACGAUGUCAACUGGAUAAUCUCCGCUACGAGAAGAAAAGAAAGCUGAAGCGAUGUUUCGAGCUACAGAUAGAGCACGCGGAACUUUGCGAUACCUACGAACGAGAGAAAGACGUACCGUGGCCUCAAGAUCGAUUGCAGCAACAAUUGGUAUCGCGGUAUCAAAAGUCGGUGGCGAAACAAAAUGCGGCAAAGGCGAUAAACUUAACGUACGCUUGCAUGCUCGGAAUCUUGAAGAAAGACGCGAUACACCGUGAAACUUUGCUGAACGCGUUGAAAGACGAUCGUCGAAGCCAAUGCGAAGUGAUAGUUCGAACGACGAUAAUGGGUCAACUGGUUGCCGAACAGACGGAUGACAUCGGAUCGAAGUACAAACGCGUUACACGGAUCGUCUGGAACAACAUGAAGGAGAGAGAACGUAUGCUGACGUUCGUGCGUGGACAAGUCGAGGAUCUAUGGUCGUACGCGCGGUCGUUGAUACGAACUGAGAGCGAUGCGAUUUUAACUACGGAAAUUACACGCACGGGAACACCACCGCCGAACGAAGCGUUGGAAAAGCAAAUAAGAUCCUUGGAAGAGAUAUUCGAUAAAAUCAAGGAUUCGUUGCUUGUGCGCUCCUACCAAGAGUUGCUCUUGAGGCUAGAGGAACAAACGAAACAAAGAACACGACUGUUGGAGCAAUUCGAUCGCAACGUGAAAGAGCGUGAUUUAUCGUUGAGUAAGAAGAACGACGCACUGACCACCCUCUCCAAUUUGGAACAUUCUCUCGUGGCUGACGUGGAAGUAAGUGCCCCGCAAAACAUCUUACUCGAACAGAUCGCGAUGCAAAAGAAUCGCGAAUCCGAACGUAAAAAUUCGAAGAAGGAACGCGGUGAAUUGUUAACGGAUAUCAGAGCAGCGUUGCAAAAUAUGGUGGUGAUGUUGAUCUGUGUCAGAAGGGGUAACAAAGUGGUGACGAAAAAGUCGAUCGACGAAGAACGAAUGGACGUACCGAUAAUUGAAAAACUGGAGACAGAAGGUUUGGCGUUACUGUCCACCGUCGGUCGGAAAGUGGGAGCGUUGUUUGGAAUGAGCAAUUUCGAAUUUGACAAAGAUAGGGAGGAGAGAGCGAAAGACUUGUAUCAAACUUACGUAUCCAACUAUCGAUCCAAGCUCAAGUUCGACGAUACGGGACUGGAACCAACAGGUCUUGUCGUUGAACAUCGAGCGAUUGAUUCUUCGGUACCAACGCGGGCGGAGAUCAAGCUGAGAAGCAAACAAGCCGUAGAAGCUUAUACGAGACUGGAGUGA